GCAUGGUGUUGGGUCAGUAGGGAAGUGAAGUGAUAAGAUGGCAAAGGCGAAGGUGCUCAGAGAACUGCUGCAAACCCCCGGCGUUCACCAGGGACCGGCGUGCUUCGACGCUAUCGGCGCAAAGCUCAUUGAAUCCGCCGGUUUCCCCUACUGCAUUACCAGCGGCUUCUCCAUCGCCGCUUCAAGGCUGGCUUUACCCGACACCGGCUUCAUCUCUUACGGCGAAAUGCUCGAUCAGUGCCAACUCAUCGCCCAAGCCGUCUCCAUUCCCAUCAUCGCCGACGCCGACAACGGUUACGGCAACGCCAUGAACCUCAAGAGAACCGUCAAGGGUUUCAUUUCCGCCGGCUUCGCAGGAAUCCUUCUCGAAGAUCAGGUUGCGCCGAAAGCGUGUGGGCACACUCGCGGCAGGAAGGUGUUGCCCAGGGAAGAGGCGGUGAUGAAGAUUAGAGCCGCCGUGGAUGCUCGAGCGGAGAGCGGCUCCGAUAUUGUGAUUGUGGCGCGCACCGAUGCUCGGCAAGCCGUAUCCUUGGAGGAAGCGUUCAUCAGGUGCAAGGCAUUUGCGGAGGCUGGGGCCGAUGUUCUUUUCAUAGACGCACUCGCUUCCGUUGAAGAAAUGAGAGCAUUUUGUCAAGUUUCUCCCCAUGUUCCUAAACUGGCAAAUAUGCUUGAAGGAGGAGGCAAAACGCCUAUACUGAGUCCUAAGGAACUUGAAGAAGUUGGUUAUAAACUUGCUGUUUAUCCACUUUCCUUGAUUGGGGUUUGCAUAAAAGCAAUGCAGGAUGCACUCAUUGCAAUUAAAGGAGGAGGUGUUCCUCCUCCAGGAAGCAUGCCGUCUUUUGAAGAAAUUAAGGACAUUGUAGGUUUCAACACUUACUACAAAGAAGAAGAGCGCUAUGCUUCAAACACCAAUCAAAAGGCUUAAAAAAGGAUGUUUUAGAGACAACAAUCCUUUCUUUACGAAGAAGGGUAUUCUAGUGUCGAUGAUGUGCUUAUUCAAGUGGUAAUUGAAUUAUCAGUCAUGUAUUUGGUGUGUUACUUCUAUUCUUAAAUGUCUAUGGGAUAUGUUCGAGACCAUAAAAAAUAAACAAAACCCUUCUGAUUAGCCGUU